GGAAGGCUGGGCUUACUUUCCACGAAAUCAAAGACAGAAAACUUGGUGGACGCUAAAAGUGGAAAUGGGAUUUAAGUUUGGCCACAUUGAAGCCCUGCAGAGAGGGGACACAGAGGGAAAGAAACAUUUUUAGAGAAGAGAAGCAUGCCGCUGACAAAGAAAGAAGAGAGAGCGAAAAAGAGAGAGGAAGAGAGAGAGAGAAAGAGAGCAUUUAUAAAGAAUGGAGGGCUUGUAUUGGAGAAGCUGGUUGCCUCUUGUAAUGGCAGGCCUAUUCCCAUCCGUACCUUCUCCUAUAAAGAGCUUCUCUUGGCAACCAAUAACUUUGAUCCUCGCCAUAUUUCACAUAUAGGCGCGUUGUAUAAAUUGUACCAUGGUACUUUUGAAGGCCGGUUUAUUUCCAUUAAGCUUUACGGAGAAAGGUCCACAAAGGACAUGGCCCUAUCGGAUCUAGCUAUUUCUGCAAAGACGAGCGCUCACAAAAAUAUUCAAAAAUUGGUAGGAUGCUGCCUCGAGACAUCAAUUCCCGCAUUAGUGUUUCAAUAUGCUCAAAAUGGAGCUCUUGCCGAUCGAAUUUAUAUCUCUCGACGAAGUGGUACGCCUAUGGUGUGGCAGAGCAGGUUAAAGAUUGGAAGAGCAAUUGCUCAUGCAAUUGCAUGUCUCCACACUGCAUUCUCCAGGCCUAUCAUCCAUAGAGAUAUAAAACUGCAAAAUAUCUACUUAGACCAGCUAAAUGUUCCCAAACUUAAAGAUUUUUCACUUUCCAUUUCAAUUCCAGAGGGUGAAACUCACGUGGUAGUUGAUAAGGUGUGUGGGACUAGGGGUUUCUCAUGCUCUAGCUAUAUGCUUACGAACACGGUAACAGAGAAAACUGAUGUCUAUAGUUUCGGUGUGGUCUUAUUAGAGCUUUUAACCGGACAAGAUUCUGCCGGUUUGUUGAGAUUAGCAUAUGGCAAUAAUAUUUUGGUGGAUUAUUUUCUUGAAAACAAUAAGAAGUUGAAGGAUUCUUUGAGAAACCGUGCUUUAAAUGAGAUUGUGGAUCCUGCAAUCCUGGGCGAGGGAGGCGUUGGUGUGGAGCAGCAAUUGCAGUCUGUUGUGCAGCUUUCUGUCAUAUGCAUAGAGGAUGAUCCAGUGAUAAGGCCGACGAUGGUGGAGGUUACCAAAGAACUCAGGCGGAUUGAGAGGUACAUAGCAUAAUUGUUUUGGAGCCUAUUUAUUGUCUUUGUGUUACAGUCCUUAUAUAAUGGUUUAUUUUAUUUAGAUUUGUCUUUAUUUUUAUGUAUGAGUCUUGAUUGUUCAAUCCUACUUUAUAUUUCAAUAAGAGCUGCUAACUUAGUCUUAGCUCUCCUAUGUAAUAUGUAAUGAAUCGUCUAUUUAAAGGGGGUUAUGCUAUG